GUCUCAUCUCAUUGCGCAGCGGCACAGAUUGAAUAUGCGCCUUUGCACCUAACCCAUUCUUAGCUCGAAUAGGUCUGCUUUUCUGCCUUCAGAAAUGACAAGGCAUCAACUCCUUGACUGUCAUUGCAAGACCUAACCAGCAAUGGCUCGUAUUCUUCGGACGCGGACCAUCGCCUUUUGUGCUGUUCUCAUUGUCCUCCUCUACCACUUCUUGCCCAGCGAGAAUGCGCCCUCGUUGCUUCCUCAAGCCGACACAGUGUCGCGUGCAGGGACACAGAUACUCGCGCAGUAUAUGAACAAUGCAAAUGCAAUCCCCCACAUCGUCGCUACAAAAAGCUCCUUCCUGUGGAACACAGUUAAGUUCACGUAUCCACCCGAACUCACGCCAAAGCUACCUCCUCCCGUAUCGAAUCGGCCGCGAAUACAGCACGACUUCGGACGCGAGUCGUAUAGUGUGACAGCUGUGCAGGAAAGAAGGCGUGAGGAGGUCAAGAGAGUCUUCGAGAAGAGUUGGGCAAGCUACAAGAAGCAUGCUUGGAUGAAGGAUGCCCUGAAGCCGCUCUCUGGACAGUAUGUGGACCAGUUCUCGGGCUGGGCUGCAACUCUGGUGGAUUCGCUGGACACAUUGUGGAUGAUGGGCAUGCGCAGGGAUUUCUAUGAGGCAGUCGCAGCUGUGGCGACAAUCGACUUCGGAAAGAGCACCUCCGGGUCGGUCAACAUGUUCGAGACAUGUAUUCGAUAUCUGGGUGGCCUUAUAGCGGCUUACGAUUUGAGCGGUCACGAGGCGUUGAAGGCCAAGGCAGUCGAGGUUGGAGAUCUGCUGUAUGCUGGCUUCAAUACAGAGAACCGCAUGCCGGUCGACUUCAUCGCGUUUGAAGAUGCUAAGGCCGGCGGUGGACUGUACGUGGAAGACACGGUCGUUUCUGCGUCACCUGGCACCAUCACCCUGGAAUUCAGCCGUCUUUCGCAAAUCACGGGAGAUUCGAAGUAUUAUGCUGCCGUCUCUCAUGUCAUGGACACGUUCUCUGAAAACCAAAACAAGACCAAGCUUCCGGGAAUGUGGCCCAUGCACGUCUCGAUGCGAAGGAAGGACGUCGUUUCUGGCUAUCAGUUCACCAUUGGUGGAAAUGCGGACUCAAUGUACGAAUAUCUCCCGAAAGCUCAUGCACUCCUCGGAUCCGCGUCUCCCUCCUCUGCGAAGUACGCAAUCAUGUCCCGGACUUUCAUGGACACUUCUAUGAACAACCUCUUCUUCCGCCCCAUGGUUCCUGGCAAUGAAGAUAUCCUCAUCUCCGGCAACUGCGACGUAAUCGAUUAUGAGGGUACGCCAACCCCACGCCUAGAUCCCGAGAGCGAGCAUCUCUCCUGCUUCAUCGGUGGGCUUUUUGCGCUCGGGGGCCGUCUGUUCGAAAAUGAAGCCUAUCUUCAGACUGGCGCGAAGCUUGCUCGUGGCUGCAUAUAUGCCUACAAAUCGUUUCCAACCGGGAUUAUGCCGGAGCGCUACAACAUGAUGCUUUGUCCCGACAUAAAGAACUGUAAAUGGGACGAAGAGCAAUGGGUAUCUGAGCGUGCAAAACGCAAGGAAUGGGUAGAGCAUCUACCUAAAGGCUUCACGACGGCGAAAGACCCUCGAUAUAUCCUAAGGCCGGAAGCCAUCGAAAGCGUCUUUGUCCUUUGGCGGAUUACUGGACGAGACGAAUUUAGAGAAGCUGCGUGGGACAUGUUUCAAGCCGUGGCCAACGCAACAGAUACACCCUUUGCGAAUGCAGCUGUCAGCGAUGUGACCGUCGUUGGGAGCCAGCAGCAGGAUUACAUGGAGAGUUUCUGGAUGGCUGAGACGUUAAAGUAUUUUUAUCUAGUGUUUGCAGAUCCUGAACUAAUUAGCUUGGAUGAGUUUGUGUUAAAUACUGAGGCGCAUCCAUUCAGGUUACCUAAAGCAUAGGUGGACUUUGGGGGUGAAGGGAUCGUACGGCAUAUUCGCACCUAUUGUAGUACAAUGGCAG